GUGUAAUGGAAGCUGCGGAAUGUUUGUAGGCUACGAUCAGUGAAUAUUCUGGAUUGACCGUCUUGCAAACCUUUAGACUAGUUGCCAUGACUGUGGCAACAAUACGACGAAAGAUUGUGUAUCUAGUGGGGUUUGUGGUAUCAGUUUGCAUCCUAUCAGUUGGGGGUCAGACUGCUACCCCAACACCUUUCACUGAUGCAAAGACGUUACGUAAUACUGCAGGGGCCACUACCCAGAAGCCAACAACAACACCUGGGAUUGUGUAUUGGACUUUAGACAAGGGGUUAACAACUCAGGAGUGCUGGCUUAAGACAGUAAUUGCUGUUCCGCCAAGUCAAGAUAUUGAUGAUAUUCAGUUCAUAAUUGAUUUGGAAUUGGGUUUCGCAAGGGCAUAUGACCUGGGAAAACAACGACAGUCACAGAAGGCUCAAGAGACUGAGAGACUCUUGGAUCAGCUUGAUCCCUAUAUUAAUCCUCUUGUACUUGAUAGGAAAAAACGAGCAUCUACUCAUAAUGGUUACACAGUACAGAAAUGGUAUUGGGUCACAGGUGUCAGUUCUGAAGGUACCUUGUGCAUGUUUCAGGUGGGGGAUGAUGUUGGGUUCACAGGUGUCAGUUCUGAAGAGUACAUUCCAGCUACGGUAACACCUAUACCUCCUGUCACUGAAGAUGAUCAACUUUGGAUUAUUGCUGCUGUUCUUGUACCCCUCUUUAUAUUAUUCCUAUGUGCAUUCUUUUGUUGUUGCUUCUGUGUGAAGAAAAGAGAUACCGAUAUUGAUCCGGAUACUUUGAAAAUAAUACAGUAUAAACAGAAGUAUCCAUAUCGUCAUUACCCAUCUGGUAAUAAUACACCAAGAGGAUUUGAUGUUGCGAAAGAUAUGAAUGGAAUUGAAAAUAAAGGUCUUGUUAUUAAUGCUGGAGAAUUGCCACAAAAAGUAACCAAUGAGAAUGAAGUAGAAAACAGACAACCAACCAUAAAGAGAAUUGAUGAUGAAUACACAAUGUCAGAUACAGAUUCCGCAGUUACGAAUGAUAGCAAAAAAAUGACAACUAACCAAGUACAGAGACCACUGCCACCAAGAGGAAAUGCUGGGCAGGCCGGCUUAUUUCAACAUGUAGCUCAGUUGUCAAUGGCAACGGAUGAGAAAGAUAGAAGAGCAAGGUCUUUGGUAAUCCCCACGUCAUUGACACCGAUGGAAUCUGAAGAAUCUACCAAGUUGAAUGAGUCACUAAGACAGAAAGCUGAACUUGAAAGGUAUCGAAACAAGCUGAGGCAGCGUGAGAAGAAGAAAACCCGACGAAAAAAGGGUUCUCGGUCUGCAGUGGGCGAUACAAAGGAUGAAGAAAAUGCUCCUGUCAAGUCACAGAAAGAGAUUGAUGAAGUACUGGAUAUGGAGCUGUCUUCAGGAGAAGUACCGCCAUCUUUCAUUGAGCCACAUAAGAGAAAGAAAAACAAACAAGGACGAAAAAAAGGUGAACAUCAAAUCUCUGAUGCUGCCUUGCCGAUUGAUACAGAAAUAGACAAUCAUUUUGGACCACAUGGUGGUAAAUAUACAGCACUUGAUAUUACAAGUUUGCCAGAAACACAUUUAUCAAGAGCACCACUACCAAAUAGUGUCUAUGAUGAUCAAGACAAGAUGGACAGAGAUGACAGAUACAGACAUCAGGGACAAACCAAAGUAGUUAUUGUUCCUGUAACUGAGUUACCAGACAAAUCAUCGGGUGGUUUGAUAUGGAAUACAUACAAUGCUCAGGAUGAAGUUAAUGCAAUAUUGUCACCCAAAGAAGCUAAAGCACCAGGACAAUUGCCACCUCUGACCUUGGAAUCACCUCUCACUGGUACUAUCCUGACUUUGCCAGGUAGUAACACAACACAAGACAAUCUACUGAGAACACCAGCUAAUAAAGUUCAUCCACCAAUGUCAAGUUCAAAGACAAGACCUCUAACACUGAGUCAGCUUAUAGCCUCACCUGGUGUCCAUAGCAACGAUACACCUUUAGAUACAACCGGUGAAUUGUCAAGUCCUCAGAUGACUGACAGUUUAGAAAUGGACACACAAUGGGCACAGCCUGCUUUAAUGGAGUCCUUAUCCAAUGGUGGUGUGAAAUCGGUUCCUGUUAAACUGAGCUGGACUUCUGAAGAGGGAGUCACUCCUCGUGUUGAGAUACCGGAGACUAAAACCCCCCGGGAACAAGUUGAGCUGGAUAUGUUGUCAAGUUCAAAGCUGGAGAGAACUGCUGGGAAACCACGGAAUGACGAUUACGAUGAAAUGGAUGUUGCCUACUCUGUGAAAGUGGGAGAGAAUCCACAGCCUUUGAUUCGUGCCAUCAGAGAUGAGCUGGUGAGGCUCCAAAGGAAAGGCUCAACAAUAUCUGAACUGUAGGAAAGGGAACGAUUACAGGCACAUUGUAACUAUAUAUCUUGUUACCAAGUUGAUGAUAAAAGUAUUUUUUGAAAGGAUGAUGAUUAUUAAAGGUCUGUGGGGGUCUCUGGUGCUGUCAGAAUAUAAGUUUUGUAUUUUGAUGAUUCAUAACCCUCAUGUUCUCAAGUAAUCA